GCCUCGGUAGCGCUGCCGGUUUUUCAGACAAAAAAACUGCUGUCGUGGACUGCGAGUGGCACGCGGAAUGUGUGUUCGCUAGUCGCGGUUCGUGCUUAGCCAAUUAGUCGCCGACAGCUUAGCGCUCGCCGACUGACGUUUAUACGCUCCGCGUUCGACAGUCGCGACGCUUUUUCACGCCUAAAGAAACGCCGUUGUGCGGCCUCCGUCGUCUGCUCUUCGUCGCGUUGGUCCGGAUCGUCUGCCUGCAUGCGUGGCCCUCCGAAGGUCUCGAGAGAAGAACGUUGACCGCUCUGCAGGGGGGACGGUCAGUUCUGUGUGUGUGCGAGUUCUCGUGUGUGAAUGCAAGUUCGUGCGCGUGCUACGCCGCGAUGGUGAUGUCGUUGUCUCCUACGUCCCCGCGUUGCUGACAAGCCUCGAGUGUUUGUACCGCACUUCUCUUCACGAUAUAAGCCACCUCCCUGUUAAUCCUGUCGCAGCAUUCGGCUUUGCCGACCUGAUGGCCAUGAAGCUGGUCAGCUUCAGGCGCAGCCGCAUCAUCAAGCUGGUAUGCGCCAUCGUCCUGCUCAUAUGCGUGGUCGCUUUCUUCCUGCCCAAGCCAACAGGUGACGAGUACUAUCGGGAACGAGUAAGUCGCUUUUGGCCGAUCGGUGCUGGGCGCGCGAACCUUUCGUAUCCGUUCGUUCAUCCGAAACAACGUGGUCCCUUCAAGGAGCAGGAGGAAGUGUCGCCGCCGAUGCCGGUGUUCAGAAAAGACCGUACGCUGGGCAACUUCGAGCCCAAGCGGCACGAGCUGCGAAAGGUGAAGGGACCCGGUGAAGGCGGUGUCGCCUACCACGUACCCGAGCGGGACAGGAACAGUGCGGCCGACUCCAACAUGCAGUACGGCAUGAACGUCGUGGCCAGCGAUCACAUUUCGCCCAACCGGAGCGUCCCGGACAUGCGACUAGAAGAGUGCAAGUACUGGGACUAUCCCGAAGACCUGCCAACAACAAGCGUGGUGGUGGUCUUCCACAACGAGGGCCUGUCAGUGCUUAUGCGGACCGUGCACAGUGUCAUCAACCGCUCUCCGCGUCAGUUUCUCAAGGAAGUGGUGCUGGUCGAUGACUACUCUGAUAAAGAGAACCUGAAGGGCGAGCUGGAGACGUACAUCGCGCACAACUUCCCACGAGGCCUGGUGCGCCUGCUGCGCAACAGCGAGCGCGAGGGCCUGAUCCGAUCGCGGAGCUAUGGGGCUGAACAGUCGCACGGCGAUGUGGUUCUGUUUCUGGAUGCCCAUUGCGAGGUGGGCAUCAACUGGCUGCCGCCGCUGCUGGCACCCAUCCGGGCCAACAGGCGUGCAAUGACAGUGCCAGUCAUCGACGGUAUCGACAAGGAUACGUUCGAGUACCGGCCUGUCUACCAUGGCCGGCAGCACUUCCGUGGCAUCUUCGAGUGGGGCAUGCUGUACAAAGAGAUUGAAAUCCCCGACGAGGAAAUCAAGAGGCGGAAAUACCACAGCGAGCCCUACAAGUCGCCUACACAUGCUGGUGGUCUUUUUGCCAUCAAUCGAGAGUACUUCCUCGAACUCGGUGGCUAUGAUCCUGGCCUACUAGUCUGGGGUGGCGAGAACUUUGAGCUAUCUUUCAAGAUCUGGCAGUGUGGUGGCAUGAUCUACUGGGUGCCGUGCUCGCGGGUCGGGCACGUCUACCGCGGCUUCAUGCCCUACAGCUUUGGCAAGCUCGCCCAGAAGCGCAAGGGACCUCUCAUCACUGUGAACUACAAGCGGGUGGUGGAGGUGUGGAUGGACGAAUACAAGGAGUACUUCUACACCCGGGAGCCCUUGGCCACCUACUAUGAUGCUGGUGACCUGAGCACGCAGUUGGCACUCCGCGAGAAGCUGAAGUGCAAGAGCUUCCGCUGGUUUAUGAAGAAUGUUGCCUACGACGUGCUCAAGAACUUUCCCUUGCUGCCCAGGAACCUCUACUGGGGAGAGAUCAGGCAUGACGCAACCGGCCAGUGUCUCGAUGCCAUGGGCGCUCAUCCGCCAUCAACUGCAGCCUUGUCGGCCUGCCACGGAACUGGAGGGAAUCAGGUGUUCCGGCUCAAUGCGGAGGGCCAACUGGGCCUGGGCGAGCGGUGCAUGGAUGCCAAUACAAACAGCAUGGACGUGGUGUACUGCUCGCUUGGAACCGUGGACGGGCCCUGGGAAUACAGUGUGGACACCCAACACCUCUACCACAAGACCCACAAGAAGUGCCUGUCCUACAGCAAGCGCAGUUACAAGGUGCAUCUCGAAAAGUGCGACGACAGUAGCCUAAACCAGCAAUGGACGUUCCGCGAGAUUCAGGACUCUUAGUGGCCUCUGCCCGGAGGUCGUAUAGGCUAGCCCCCUUCUCACAACGGCUGUUAAAGUGCGCUCUCCCUGUGAAUCUGCUUGCCCCCACAUGUGGUGCAUGGAGACUUGUUAGCUGUUUCAUCUUUUUGUUAUUGUUAUUGUUUCUUUCUUUUCUUUUGGUGGCUGGAGGAUGUUUCCUUCUUUCACUGCGCCUAGACCUCAAGGUUUCAAGGACAGCAUUGCAAAUGCAUGGCAUUGUCACAAUGUGGACACAGUGUGUACUGCAAGUUCUGGGCAAGUGACCAGUGAACGCUUCCGACAUGUUCGCCCUGUUUGUGACUCGGUCGACCCAAACCACUUCGUCAUUCCAUCUGGAAUCUGCAGACGUCUGCAAUUGCCGUCGACGUCUGUUCUCAAGUAUCCCAUGUUUUUUUCUUUUCUUUCUCUUUUUUUCUUCUUCUUAUUUUCUUUUUGACAUGCAACAUCCGGACUUGCCUCUGGUCUCUGCCGAGGUGUUGUAUGCAUAUAUGUGCAUGUGUGUUAUGCAUUCAUGUAUGUGAUGUUGACUCUUGAAGGGAAUCGGCAUGGACUCAUCCAGGGAUGAUGGUGUACCGCUGCCGGCUCAAGGGUGAGACGACACAAAGAAGCAGUCACACAUUUGGUCUUGCUUCUUUUUUCUUUCUUUUUUGUUUUUUCUUGUGAGACCCUGUUCGACGUUACCUCUUUCUUUUUAAUAUAUUUUAAGCAGGCUGAUGUUAUUAUUUUAUAUUUUUUUAAACAAGCCCCAACUAUGCUGCCCAGCCUGACCAGUAGACCUAUCUCUUUCACUCUCUUAAACACUUAUUUCCAGAUUGGUCUUAUUCAUGUGUUUGCCCUACUUUUGCCUGUGAAUCAUGGAACAUUGCAGUGACCUUCACUCUUCUUUGAGCACAGCGAAAGACUCUCCAUUCUGCGACUCAGCUGAGCUAGUUCCGUUAAACUUCUUUCGUUUCUUGUUUUUCUUCAUUCAGGUGUUUUUAUCUGUUGACUACAAUGUCCUUUUCUGUUGUAGUUUCCUUUUUCUUGCCUCAUUGUCUGCCCAACCGGAUUCACUGCUAUACCUUCCUUUGAGGGUACGCCCAAAUCUGACAUAAAUUAUCUUAUGCAACUUCUGUGAAACAAGCGAUGAAACAAGCAAUUUCAUAGUGAUACAGCUUUGAUUAAUGUGUGCAUUCUUGUUGAAUGAAUCGCAAGAAAGAAAGAAAAAAGCUACCUCUUUAUCUCUAAAACAUAUCAAAGAGUUGCUGAUUCCAGAAAUUAUCAGUUUUUGGCUGUCAGUGAAGUUUGAACCUGUUAUAGUAAUUGGCCAUCUGACCAAAAGCCUCUCUUACAUCCUAUCUGACAUUCCUACCACAUCGGGUGUUACAGUCUGACUGUCUUAUCGCGGGCCAAAGACGUACAUGUGUUCAUGGUUUUGAAUCAGUAUCCCAGCUCCAUUUACUGCCCAGCUUAGCACGAAUCAAGUUUCAACUUGGCUUCAAGCUGCCUCGAAGCCAACCUUAAUGGGGGGGGGGUGUCAUUGGAUCAGAAGCAGCAAUAGUUACCUAUUUUUAUGAUCAUGAUUGCCCUCUCUAUUAAUUUCUCUUUGUAGUUAUUGCCUGCUCUCGCCAUCUCUAAUUAAGCGCUGUUGAGAUUGGCUUUGUCGUUCUUUCUGCUUACAUGUGCAAUUUUGUUUCGAGGGUAACUCUUAAUCCUCAUGAUAAAGUUCAGCAAUAUUAUGGGGAUGCCCUUUAGCAGCACUGUAAGGAAAGCCAAUGUUGGCCCGCACUGGUUCUAGAUUGGUAAAUGUUGACACAGCGCCACUUGUAGCGUUACUCGGGGCGUGCAUGCUUCUCUAAACGAAAUUUUUUUGGAACGUUAAGUUGUUUUGAGGGUCCUUUGCACUUCAUUUCGCUGAACAUUCCCCAAACCAUUAAUUAAGCCACGUUGCUUUCGCAUCUGCUGCUGUUUUUUAUUUUCUUUUUUUCAGUUACACACCACUUCUUAUCAGUUGCUCCAAGUGGCACUAAAGGCAAUUGCUAAGUGAAAAAAUUUUUGCAACUUUUGCAACCGUUUGCAAAGAAAAUUUUUUGUAUGGAGGCUAUUUUGUGUCUGCCAUAUUUGAAACUUAGGCUUUUUAUGUGGUCAGAAGUUACAUUGGCAUUUGGCCUAUAAAGGAGUGCGAACACAUAAUUUUUGAAGUCAUAGAAACGCUACCACAUGCUUCUCGCAAGCAGAAGGAUGAGACUUGCCAGACAUGAAGACCAGGAAACACUUACAGGACAUUUUAAUCUGAUACCACAGUUGGUCUCGGAAACAGCAUACAUAGCGUCAUCAACUUUAUCACAAUGUCAUGGCACAGAGAAAUUUGCCGAUGCCAUGUUGCAAUAAGGAUAGACAUGAUGACAUUGCUCACAACCAAACAAAUGAGAGCACUGCAGAGAUUUCUUGUGGCUGUGAUAUCUUGCGGCAGCCACGGCAAUUGCAAGAGUGGAGUGAGCCUAUGUACAGCGAGGUCAUGACACAUCCACUGUAUCCAUCUCUAGGAUUGUGGAGCUGAAAUUGGUUCGUAGAAGCAAGUUUUCUAAUAAAUAACAUGAGGCAUUCUGACGCUUGCCAGAAUUUGCUACGUGGGUUUGCAUUGCCAUUUAUUGCAAAAGGAACAAAAAAAAAUUGGAUAGUCGAAAUUGUCAUGUCAGCAUUUCUUGAAAGCUGUAUUAUGGUAAUAAGGUGGUGUAAUAAAGUGUAGCACCUGCCUGGCUUCGUUAUCAUAACUGGAGCCUGCUUACUGUGGCAGUAAUUCUUAGUCGGCAUCGUGCCCAAACUUCGUGGUGCUUUCAGAGCAGUCUUGAAAAAGCCAGUCAAGCUUGCGAUAAGUUGUCCCUUAGCAUAAAACAGAUUUUGGCGUUUCAACAACCUCGGCUGAUUCUAUGUUUGUGCCUUUAGUGUCUCUUUGUAACGUGUGGUUCAAGUGUUGAACACAGCAUUCUCGAAGCUUGAUUCCGCCAUGCCUUGAGCAGAGCUUUAUUCUGUGUUCUUGCUGGCGCACUGCUGUGUUAGCUCAAUGUGAUAAGAGUUUGCCCUGACAUGUGUGGUCAGAUUCUCAGAAUCAGUACUGUUUUUCCUUUGGAAAACAUUUGUCACCUCAUUUUCUUUACUUCUUGUUGAAGUAAGAACAAGUGGAAUAUGCCGUCUGUAUGUGUAUUGUGUACGCACUCUGUGUAGCGGGAAUCAAUACCCAUUUAUCUUCUUUUGUUCUUUUUGAUGUUUGAUUUUUGGGAUUGAGUGAUGAUGCGAAUAGCUUCAAUUUGCUCAUUUAUUUGCUGACUGUUUUUUUACGUUUUUCAGUAAAUGUUGAAACUGGGAAGUGCAAUGCCAAGUGCCACCUUUGGUUUCUAAGGCAAUGUGUGUGAAAGCAUCAAGUGUAUGUUCAUGUGCGUGCUUGCAUGGAGAUAUUAUUUUUUCCUUUCCUUUUCUUGUUUACACAGUUUUGAGCAUUUGUUGCUCGUUCUACAACAGUUUUCAUGUGCCUUGAAAUGUGCGUCGUACAAGUGAAAAAACUAUAUAUAUGUACAUAUAUACGUUACGUAAAUAUUUCAGUCAGGAAUGUGCUUUUUUAUGGCAAAUCUGCCUGCAGUACCCAGGUAUAGCUGUUCUAAGUGGUUGAAGAUGGAACAUUUGGGGCCAAUAGUACUACCACACACGGUUUAGGAAAAUCCUGCGGUGCUCUUUCCACUGGGUAACUUUUGAUCCUCGUGACAAAGUUAGUCAGCUUUGAACCGCAUAAUGUGCUGGCUGUCAUAUGACAGUUGGUGCAGUUUAAAACCCCUGUUACGUGAGCAGUUUUGAUCGCCUUUAAGUGAGUCUGCGUUGAACUUUCUCAGUGUGAUGGAAACUCGAGUGAGUUGGGAGUCAAGCAUGCUUGAAGGCAACAUGUAGCAGUGCUCAAUCUGCAUUGACUCAGGCACACUUUAAAGUCUUAAUGUGGCAGUGGUAUUAAACUGGAACACACCUCUCUGACUCAGCGGCAGCCCAAGUGGCUAUGCCACUGUGCUGCCGAGCACGGAAUCGCGGUUUUUAUACCUGGCUGCAUUCCAGUGGGAGCGGAAUGUGAAAACGCUGGUGUACAUAGAUUUAGGUGAAUGUUAAAGAACCCUAGGCAGUCAAAGCUAAUUCGGAGUCCCCUACUACAACGUCACUUGUAGCCUGCGACUUGCUUUGGAACAUAAAUCCUGCAAUUUUAUGUAUCUAUUAAUAGCCCUGUCACAUGAAUGUUUUCAAAGAACAUUCAAACCAAGUACAACUGAAAUCUGUGAGCCCUAUUAGCUCCCUUCCACUAGUUUGUGCAAAUGAGCCAAUAGGGCUCAUGUAUUCCAAUACUGGUUGGUUUCAGUUGUCUUUGAAAGUGCACGCGUGACAGGAGUACAAACUUUGUCAUCUGAAUCUGAUUAUUUGGAGACAGAAAUGUUGAGGAACAGAAACUUGUGGCAAAUAUCUGAUUUAAUGAAAAAGUCGAAAUUUUUGUGAAACGGUGUUGUCCAGUUUAACCACGCAGAAGAAGUACCAUGAUAUAGAACUUCUGUAGCCAUGCUUUGUUUGAGAUUAUGAAUGGGUGUUGAAUGCAGUGUUAAUAACAGGCCACACGUGAUCUAGUUGAAGCAUUGUGUCAUAGGGAGGGAGUCAUUAAGGCAUUCCAUAGACUGUUCACUGAAUGUCAUCUGAAGCUAUCUGUGAUCUCUUCACUUUUUUCCUGAUUUCCUGAAGUGUUUUGACUGCACGCUAACUUUUUGAUAGUUUAUAACAACUUAUAUUCGCAUUUCAUUAAGAUAAACAUGAGUAACUAACAAAUUACAUGGUUACUCUUUGUUGUCAAUAGGGCAGUUAAAAGUUUGCAUUUUGUGCUUCUGGUGUGCAUUUGUAACAGCCAGGGUUUUGAAGACUGUUAAAACUUCACAAUUCUUGUGAAAAGUGGAAGAAUUUGUGUAACACUUUGCAUUACUUUCAUAGGUAAACAACGUUUGCUGUAAAGAUUGUGUACAAGGGAUCAUCAUGUCUCUGAAAUUUGCUGUGUGUGCUCUUUGAAGUUGUCAGUAAACCGCUUUAGCAAAGUUAGUAAUGUUGCUAGGGUACAUAAAUGCUGGUUGCAUGCAUGAUGGAAAAUUAUACAAUCUGCUGGCACAGUGUAGUCCACUUAAUAUGGUUUACGCUCAUAGCACUUGGUGUAAUAGGCUAGACUGUGUACUUCACAUAUGUAAAAUAAUGCCAAUUAUAACAGUAUACAUUUGCAGCAGUGGAUCUUCUACUUUGCCAUAAUCGCUAUGCAAGUGGAAUGCAUUAUUGCAUGCACUUUCCACUGUCUCAUUUGAAACUACAGGAUUGCAACUCCAACACAUCCUUUUUUUUUAAGGGUGAAAGAAAGAAGGAAGAGCCCGAGAAAGCAAAUUUUAAUGUAUACAGGUGUGGUUGACAUAAGCAACUAUAUGACACAUCUUUUGUGUGUUUGUGUGAUGACACACGUAACUCAAAUUUUCAUUUGACGCAUGCAAUGCAAAGGUUUGGAAACAAGAGUCAUUUCAAAGAAAACAUUCCACUGUCAUUAGCAUUGUUGUGCAAUACAUGAAACCCGUGGUUUUUGUACGGAUGCUGCAAGACAAUUUUUACAUGCCACGUUGAGUAAUAAAAUACUAAGAUGGCUGUGUUGUAUGGAA